AUGUUUUCUACGCCUCCGAAUAAGAAUUGCUCCGGAGAAUCCUCUGCCACCGUUGGAGAACAAAUUAAGAGCCAAGCAGAAAAGUCCAAGAAAAAACAAAUGGCGGAUCAAUUCGUUGCUCUUUCACACCAGCGUGGUGCGGUUAAAGGAAAACUUACCCGGAUCAAGAAUAGUCUUCGUUACGCAGGAGAAGAUGCACUCCCGGAAGUGCAUUUAUUACAAACAUAUUUGAAGACUAUCGAAGCGACCUACGAGGAGUUCAACAGUUUCCAGAACCGCAUUUACGCUCUCGCACCGGACAACAUGGAGGAUCAGGAAGCCAAAUACAUUGAAUUCGAAGACCUGUACAAUGAGGUUAGGUGUCAAGUUUGUCGUUUGUUGGAUUUCCACGCGAAGCAGGAAGAGCAGAAACAAGUGAUAGUUCCUACAUCAUCUAGUGAACCUGUCAGUCUACCAGCACCUAUUACUCGUAUGCAACCAUCUCCUUUCCUCAACACACCGCUACCAACGUUUGACGGAAAGCCAGAAAAUUGGUUCAAGUUCAAGGCGAUUUUCACCGACAUCAUCCGACGCUUUCCGGGAGAAUCCGACGCUACGAAAUUAUACCAUCUGGAUAAGUGUUUGGUUGGCGAAGCGGCAGGAACAAUCGAUCAACAAACGAUUAACGACAGUAAUUUUGGCGCUGCUUGGCAGUUCCUUAUCGACCGAUUUGAGGACAGGCGAAAAAUCAUCGAUAUUCACGUGAACGGACUACUUAACCUCAAACCGAUGACGUGCGAAAAUGGGAAGCAGCUCCGUGAUUUAUUAGACGAAUGCAAGCGUCAUGUGGAGGCGCUCCGAUUCCAUGAGUUCGAACUAAGUGGUGCUUCGGACAUCAUCGUGGUGAACAUCAUCGCAUCCAGACUUGACUUGGAUACCCGAAAGUACUGGGAAGGCAACAUCCCGCACGGUGAGAUUCCAACCUACAACCAAACCCUGCAGUUUCACACUGCGCGCAGCCAAGUUUUGGAACGAGUUGAACCGAGUACACUCAAGAAGAAGACACCAAUCACUCAUCCGCCCAGAUUGCCUCCGUUAAAAGCGUCGUCGCUAGCCGCAUCCGUCGAGUACCAGUGCAACUUUUGUGACGGAUCGCAUGCCAACCAUUUGUGCCCCGAGUUUUUGAAGUUGGAUCCGAACGCGCGAUCCGAAAAAGCCAAGCAAGUGCGACUUUGUUUUAACUGCCUGAGAAAGGGACACGUCUUGGCACGUUGUUCCUCUACCAAAUCGUGUAAUGUUUGUAAGCGGCGGUAUCAUACUACUCUACAUGCAAAUCCUACUACUGCAAUCAACGAAAAUGUGUCGCAACCAACAUUUACACCUACUAUGCAACCAGUCCAUCCUUCUACGAGUCAACAUCCAAUCAACAAACACAAUCCAGUGAUUAGUGCAUCGUGUGUUCUCUACCAACAAAAGUCCCUUCUGUGUACAGCAGUGGUGAAUGUUUUGGAUGGAGCCAGCAAUUUACAUCCAUGUCGUGUUCUACUUGAUUGCGGCUCCCAAGUCAACAUACUAACGGAGAAGGUGGCUACUUUGAUACGUGCUAAACGCAAUCCCGUGAACGUGAAGGUGAUUGGAGUUGAUGGCGCUGAAACGAAUGUGACAUCUAUGGUCCAUGUCACAGUGAAAGCUCUACAGGAAGAUUACACAAGCAAGUUCGAGUGUCUGGUGAUGAAACGAAUCACUGGAAUCGUCCCGGCCACCUACAUCGACGUUUCUACUUGGCCGGUUCCUACUGAUCUACAGCUGGCGGAUCCACACUACAAUUGUCCGCAAAAGGUGGACAUGCUCAUCGGCAUCAGCCACUUCUUUGGGCUCCUGAAAUCUGGUAAGAUCAAGCUAGCAGAACAUCUUCCUUAUCUACAGCAAACAGUAUUCGGCUGGGUGGUUGGUGGUCUAGUCGACACCGCCACUUGGAACUACAAACUGGUCCAUUGCAAAGCAGCGGUUCAAGAAUCAGAACUAGACGGGUUAGUCCAACGGUUCUGGGAACAAGAAGAGAUCCUACCAGCGCGCCUAGUGUCGUCCGAGGAGACGGCGUGCGAGGCCAUCUACAAUCAAACACACACCAGAGAUUCCAGCGGGAGGUACACGAUCAAACUUCCCUUUCGUGACAAUGUGAGUCAACUUGGUGACUCCAAACAUCAUGCUCUACAACGGUUUGACUAUCUCGAAAAGAAACUUCAGCGGAAUCCAGAACUCAAAAAGGCUUACUGUGCGUUCAUGGCGGAGUACAUCGAGCUAGGCCACUGCAAAAUUGUUGAUCCGUCAGACGAUGGGUUUUAUUUGCCUCACCACGCCAUACUCAAGCCCUCUUCCUCUACUACCAAACUACGAACGGUGUUCGACGCAUCGGCCAAAUCUACUUCUGGUCUAUCAUUGAACGACACUCUUAUGAUAGGGCCAACGAUCCAGGAUCCAUUGCUCUUCAUCAUACUUCGUUUCCGAACACAUCGUUAUGUGUUUACUGGCGACAUUUCUAAAAUGUAUAGAAUGAUUAAUAUUCAUCCGGAGCAUACAAAAUAUCAACGUGUGCUUUGGCGGAAUCAUCCUACUGAAGCUCUACAGACCAUGGAACUGACAACGGUCACAUAUGGGACAGCAUCCGCUCCGUAUUUGGCCACACGAACGCUGAAGCAACUGGUACAAGACGAGGGUCGAGAAUUUCCAGUCGGUGGUCCCAUUUUGGAUCAGGACUUCUACGUCGACGAUGUGCUUUCCGGUGGCGACUCGGUGGAGCACAUAAUACAAGCACGCACAGAAUUGGUCCAGCUCUUGCGACGAGGCGGUUUCAAUCUACACAAAUGGUGCUCAAACAGUUCCGAAUUUUUGAGUACUAUUCCCAAAGAUCAACGAGAGAAACAAAUUUCGUUUGACAAGAGUGACGUGAACGAUCUCAUCAAAACGCUUGGCCUACUGUGGAAUCCUCUACUCGACCAUUUUACAUUCCACAUUUCGGCUGCUGAUUGUCAACGAGCUGUUACAAAGCGCUACAUCCUAUCGGAAAUCGCUAAGAUUUUCGACCCCCUCGGUCUGUUGGCGCCUGUUGUUAUUCUGGCCAAGCUUUUACUACGAGAGGUUUGGAGACGAAAGCUGAAUUGGGACGACGAAUUACCGGCUGAUCUAAUCCAAAGCUGGAACAAAUUCCGAUCCGGUUUACGAAAUCUCGCCGAUGUUAAAAUCAACCGACUUGUUCUCUCCCCCCAACGUGUUGCGGUUGAGUUACACGCUUUCUCUGAUGCAUCACAGAAUGCGUUUGGGACCUGCAUUUACUUGAGAAGCAUCAUGGCUGACAACACUGUCGAGGUUCAUCUACUUGUCAGCAAAUCCAGAGUGGCACCAAAGGCGACGAUCCCCCGGCUCGAGUUGUGUGGUUUCUUACUCAGUGCCAGACUGGUUGACCAAAUUACAUCGGCACUCAAGGUGAACAUCGAACAGAAGGUAUUGUGGAGCGAUUCCCAAAUUGUGUUGUGGUGGUUGAGAAAGCCGCUGCAUUUACUGAAACCCUACGUGGCCAAUCGGGUAGCAGAAAUAUCGAAACUCGUCCCUGACUGUGAGUAUAAAUACAUCCGCACACACCUGAAUCCAGCUGACCUUGUCUCACGAGGCUUGCAACCUGAAGCCCUUAAAGAAAACCGACUUUGGUGGUACGGCCCCGACUUUCUGAAGAACAAUCCCUACGAAGAAGAAAAGUUAUUAGAAAUUGAAUCCCUACCCGAUUUGAAAUUGACAGUCAACCUGGCGACUGUCCCCCAAGUGAAUUCAGUGCUUACUAAGUUUAGUUCCUUCAGAAAGUUGCAACGUGUUGGAGCUUACAUUGUUCGUUUUGUCAACAAAACAAGAAAGCAUCGAAGUCCUGGUGACGAUUCGAGAUUCCCUACAAUUUUCGAGAUUCGACAAUCUACAAUGGCAAUUAUUCGAGUGCUACAACAAGAAUGCCUGUCUUCUGAAAGAACCCAAAUACUGAAGUGCCAAAGUUCAACACCUACCAAACGCUACUUGGGAAAACUCCGAAAUCUCAAUCCGUGGAUAGAUGGUGACGGCAUACUACGAGUGAAUGGUCGAAUAAAAUAUGCCAACGUGUCCUACGAACGACGGUGCCCGGCUAUACUUCCUGAUAAGCAUCAUGUUACGCAAUUAAUCAUCGAUGCUACUCACGCUGAAAAUCUACACGUCGGUCCGAAUGCUACUCUCUCGUUGCUGAGGCAAAAGUUUUGGCUGCUGAAUGGUCGCAACAGUGUACGCUUCCGUCUUCGAAAAUGCAUCAGAUGCUUUAGAGUGAAUCCAACCGAAUCCAAACUGUACAUGGGUGAUUUGCCGCCACACAGAAUCACUCCUACUUAUGCUUUCGAAAGAACAGGAAUCGAUUUCGCUGGUCCCAUUUACGUGCGCAAGGGCCACCCACGCAAGCCAGUAUACACGAAAGGUUACAUCUCACUAUUUGUUUGUAUGGUGACAAAGGGAAUCCAUCUGGAGUUUGUGUCCAACUUAAGCACUGAAGCAUUCAUAGCCGCACUACAUCGAUUCACCAGCCGACGUGGGGUCCCAACUGACAUCUUUACAGACAACGCCACCAACUUUGUGGGUGCCAAUUCGGAGCUUCACGAGCUGUACGUACUGUUCAAGCAGCAGCAAAUGGAAAAGGCGAUCCACGAUUUUACCAUCCCUCAAGAAAUUCGUUGGCACUUUAUUCCACCACGAUCACCACACGUGGGUGGUCUAUGGGAGGCUGGAAUUAAAUCUGCGAAGAAACUCAUCCAACGCACCGCGGGAGACACCAAGCUCACCGAAGAGGAAUGGUCAACUCUACUUGCAAAAAUCGAGGGCGUACUCAACUCACGUCCACUCGUUCCACAGUCGUCGGAUCCAAGUGACACUCAAGCUUUGACUCCCGGUCACUUUUUGAUUGAUCGUCCAAUAAGAGCAAUUCCCGAGCCAUGUUAUGAUCACAUCAAACCAGGUCUGUUAUCGAGGUGGCAACAUAUCCAGAAGAUGCGUGCAGAUUUUUGGAAACGUUGGUCUGCGGACUAUCUUUCCGAACUACAACAGCGGCUGAAGUGGAACACUGGUCACACCGAAAUACGGGUCGGUGAUCUGGUGUUGAUGAAGGAGGAGAAUUUGCCGCCCCUACAAUGGAAGCUAGCUCGAGUGACCGACAUACAUCCCGGCAAGGACAACAUCACCAGGGUAGUCACGGUGAAAACAUCAACCAACACCUACAAGCGAUCGACGGCGAAGCUGGCUCUACUUCCUUUGGACGAAGACGUUCCCGGUUCCUCGAAGGAUUGA